AUGGCGCCCUCGGUUCAUCUGGAAGCAUUUGCGAACAACAGAAAGAAGAAGGCGAUGAUGGAGGAAACUAUACCCUUCAAAAACCUACACAGCAGAGAAUACCAAGGCCACAAGAAGAAGGUGCAUUCAGUGGCUUGGAAUUGCAUUGGCACGAAGCUCGCCUCCGGUUCGGUUGAUCAAACCGCUCGCAUUUGGCAGAUCGAGCCACACGGACAUGGUAAGGCUAAAGAUAUAGAAUUAAAGGGGCAUACUGAUAGUGUGGAUCAGUUAUGCUGGGAUCCCAAACAUGCUGAUUUGAUUGCAACUGCAUCUGGUGACAAGACAGUUCGUCUGUGGGAUGCUCGUAGUGGAAAAUGCUCACAGCAGGCAGAACUCAGUGGGGAGAAUAUCAACAUUACUUAUAAGCCCGAUGGGACACACAUAGCUGUUGGGAACAGGGAUGAUGAACUGACAAUCCUGGAUGUUCGAAAAUUUAAGAUGAUUCAUAAGCGCAAGUUCAACUAUGAGGUAAAUGAGAUCGCAUGGAACAUGACAGGAGAUAUGUUCUUUCUGACAACUGGGAAUGGAACUGUUGAAGUGCUAGCAUAUCCAUCCCUUCGAGCGGUUGACACCCUCAUGGCUCAUACAGCUGGUUGCUACUGCAUCGCAAUUGACCCACUAGGGAGAUAUUUUGCUGUUGGAAGUGCUGAUUCCUUAGUAAGCCUUUGGGAUAUUAAGGAGAUGCUCUGUGUGCGAACAUUUACAAAACUGGAAUGGCCGGUCAGGACAAUAAGCUUCAAUCACACUGGAGAAUAUAUUGCUUCUGCCAGUGAAGACCUGUUCAUCGAUAUAUCUAAUGUCCAAACUGGACGAUCAGUCCACCAAAUUCCAUGUCGAGCUGCUAUGAACAGUGUGGAAUGGAAUCCAAAAUACAAUUUACUUGCGUAUGCUGGAGACGAUAAAAACAAAUAUCAGGCUGAUGAAGGUGUGUUCCGAGUAUUUGGCUUUGAGAGUGCAUAGCGAAAGGUUGCAUGGGCUGCAGUGCAGUGGAGUUGAGAGUUCGGUUGGGGGCCGAUGUUUUCCUUCCUGUGGCUCUUUCCAUCUGAAGGGUAUUUCUGUUGAUGUUUAUUUGUGUUGUACAUUAUUGUGUUCUAAAGUGAGGACACAAGCUUCCAAGCCAUCAGACCAAGAUGGUUCAUCCCUCUAAUAAGGGAUAGGACAAAGUACGAUUAACAAAGACACAAGGAUUGAAGCCUGUGGAGUUAUUUAAAGAAGUAAAAGUGUCUCAAUUUAAUCAAGUUCAAAGUGUUUGAAAUUGAGCCACAUUUGUAAAGGAUAAUCAAUUCCAAGAAAUCGAAAUUUGACUUGUUUAAAUUGUAUCUUGACCUGAUGUAAUCUUCAGAUUUACUACUGCACUGAUGAUGUAGAAAAACUUCUUAAAAACUCCGAGGAUUAGCCCAGCGGAGACAAAGAUGAGAUAUAAAUUCACAAGUGGUG